UUAUAAAAUUUCAUAAUUUAUUAAAUUUUCUUAAAAAAUGAAUGUAACACGCUAUUUAAAGUUAUUUAAAAACUUUACACCAAAUUCCUUUAAAUAUGUAGCAAGUUUAAGAUUAGCUAGUCACAGCGCCAACACGGCAGAAAGUUCUAAAGAGGGUACCACACAUUUUGGUUUCCAAACUGUUAAAGAGGAGGAAAAGCAACAGAAAGUGCACAAAGUUUUUGAAGAUGUGGCCAAAUCCUAUGACCUCAUGAACGAUGCUAUGUCCAUGGGCAUACACCGUUUGUGGAAAGAUAUGUUUAUAGAGAGAUUAGGACCCACACCCGGCACUCGUUUAUUGGAUAUGGCGGGUGGUACUGGUGAUAUUUCAUUUAGAUAUUUAAAAUAUUUACAAAAUCAAGCCAAUCCCCAGCAAAAACAAAGUCAUGUUACUGUAUCAGAUAUUAACCAACAUAUGCUGGAUGUGGGCGAGGAAAGAGCCAAACGUUUGGGUCUAACCCAAGAGAAAUUACCUAAUGUUAGCAUAGAAUGGAAAUGUGCUAAUGCUGAGGAGUUACCAUUUGCCGAUAAUACCUACAAUGCCUAUACCAUUGCAUUUGGUAUAAGAAAUUGCACACACAUAGACAAGGUUUUAAGUGAAGCUUAUCGUGUUUUGCAGCCAGGCGGUCGUUUCAUGUGUUUGGAAUUUAGCCAUUUGGAAAAUGAUACCAUGCAAUGGCUAUAUGAUCAAUAUUCCUUUCAAGUCAUACCACCCAUGGGUCAAAUAUUGGCCGGCCAAUGGCAGCCUUAUCAAUAUUUAGUAGAAAGUAUACGUAAAUUUCCUAAACAAGAGGAUUUUAAGUGUAUGAUUGAAAAGGCUGGCUUCGAAAUGGUUCGUUAUGAGAAUUUAUCAUUUGGUGUUGUUAGUAUUCAUUCUGGUUUUAAGUUGUAACCUUUGUAGUUAUGUAUUAAGAAAUGUUAUUUAAUGUACAAAAUGUUAUUGUAUUAGAAUUUGUAUAAGAUAAACAAACGAUUUAAUAAAAACUAAUUUAAAAACGA